UCACAUGCCGGUCUCAGUAUCACUUGACGUUCACUUGAGUUAACACAAAGCUACAAAAAUAUUUCAAAUAAAAAAUGAUAAGUUUAUUACUUUACUUCAUACCAGUUGCCUUGUAUUUCUUUUACAAGUGGGCUACAAAACAUUAUGAUUAUUUUGAGAGGCAAGGAGUUCCUUACAAAAAAGCAUUUCCUUUAUUGGGUUCAAAUUUUUCGUCAUUUUUUAAGAAACAACCUUUCAAUAAACUAUUAUUGGAUAAUUACCAAACAUACAAAAAGGAAAAACUUUAUGGAUAUUUCGAAUUCAGACGUCCGGCAGUCGUUCUUACUGAUCUGAAAAUUAUCAAACAACUUACAGUGAAAGAUUUCGAUUACUUUAUGGAUCAUCGCGCAGUUGUUAAAGAAGAAGUUGAUCCCAUGAUGACAAAACUUUUGACAGCUUUAGAGGGACAAAAGUGGAAAGAUAUGCGUGCCACACUCAGCCCAGCUUUUACAGGCAGUAAAAUGAGACAAAUGUUUGAUUUCGUCAGUACUGUGGGCCAGCAAACUGCAUUGGCAAUGAAACAAGAUAUUGAAAAGGGUGGAAAUAACGAAUUUGAAUUUAAAGCUCUUGCCAUGAAAUUCACCGUCGAUGUCAUCGCAUCGUGUGCUUUUGGAAUUGAAGUCAACUCUUUCAAUAAUCCAGGAAAUAAAUUCUAUGAUUCUGCAACAAGAGUUACAAAUCUUCAGUCAACUCUUCAAAUACUCAAAUUCUUCGGAUACAUGAUUUCCCCAAAACUUAUGAAGAUGCUUAACAUUACAUUUAUUGAUAAAGAUAUCACCGACUUUUUCCGAGAGGCAACACUUGAAACAAUGAAAGUUCGUGAAGCCAAAGGAAUUAUUCGACAUGAUAUGAUCAAUCUUUUAAUGGAGGCUAAGAAAGGAAAACUUACACACAAUAAUAAUAAUAAUAACGUUGAAGAGAAGACAAUUGAAGGCUUUGCAACUGUUGAAGAAUCAAACAUCGGAAAGACAGAAGUAAAAAGAAAAUGGGAAGAUGAUGACUUUGUAGCGCAAUGUAUUCUGUUCUUCUUUGCUGGUUUCGACACGGUUGCUACAACGAUGAGUUUCAUGGCUUACGAACUCACUUGCAAUCCUGACAUUCAAGAAAGGCUUUAUGAAGAAAUUGUUGCAAUGAACGAUGAACUUGCAGGAAAGAAGAUCACUUACGAGAAGUUGCAAGGCAUGCAAUAUUUAGAUCAGGUUGUGACAGAAACAUUGAGAAAAUGGCCAAUUGCACCUCUAUUAGAGAGAGCAUGCACGAAAGAUUAUGUUUUGGAUUAUGAUGGAAAGUCACUUCGUUUUAACAAUCUUAUGAACUUCUUCAUUCCGGUUUAUUGCAUCCAUCAUGACCCUGAAUAUUAUCCUGAACCAGACAAGUUCAAUCCUGGUCGUUUCAGUCCCGAAAAUCGAAGUCAAAUCAAUCCAGACGCUUUCUUGCCUUUCGGUAUUGGACCGAGGAACUGCAUCGGAAGUCGAUUUGCUUUGAUGGAACUUAAAACGAUUUUCUUCUAUCUCUUGUUAAACUUCAGUUUCGAAGUCAUCUCGAAGACAACAAUUCCUUUUGAAUACGAGAAAGUUCCUUUCGCAAUGAAACCCAUAAAUGGCUUCUGGAUUGGAUUAAAGCCAAGAGUCAAAUUGAAGGAAGCAAGACAUCAACAUGUGGAUUCUCUUCACGCUUCUACUUGUUUUCGGAACAUCGCUCAUGGCAAGCCGAUCAUUUUAUUCGGUACAGGGAAAGAUUUACUUUUGCAGAAGCUUGCACUGCCCGAAUAUGUUGAAAAGUGGUAUAAAGAAUUUCCGAAUGAAAAACUCAUUGGAUUAUUUGAUUUCCGAACUCCGUUCUUUCUCAUUCGUGAUCCUGAAUUGGCGAAAUUAAUUUGUAUCAAAGAAUUUGAUUCUUUCACAGAUCAUCUUUAUACGAUGAGUGAAGAUGUAGAUCCAUUAUUGGGUAACGCAUUAUUGUCAUUAUCAGGCGAUAAAUGGAGGAAAAUGCGAGCGACUUUGAGUCCCGCGUUCACUGGAAGUAAAAUGCGUUUAAUGCUUAAGUUGGUAGUUGAAACAACAGAUGCGGCAAUCAAAUCUGCUAAAAGUAAUAUGAAGGAAAAAGAAAAUGACGAUUACGAGAUGAAAGAGUUCUUCUCAAAGUUCACAGUUGACAUCAUUGCAUCUUGUGCAUUUGGAUUAGAAGUCGACACUUUUAAAAACCCUGAAAAUGAUUUCAAAAAAAUUGCUAAUGAAACGAUGAAUCCAAGUGGCUUCGCAAUCGUAUUCAAAUUUAUUUUCCUUUAUUUUAUUCCGAAAGUCAUGAAGCUUCUUGACAUUUCCCUUCUUUCUCGUCAUACUAAGAAAUUCUUCCGAGAUACUGUGAGUGAAACGAUGAACUAUCGUGAAAACAACGGCAUCGUACGUCCCGAUAUGAUUCAACUUUUACUUCAAGCCAAGAAAGGUCAAAUUAAAUUCGAAGCAACAAACGCUGAAAAACCUUCGCAAAGCAUAGCAGAAGUUGAAGAAUCUGAAAUCGGAAAAUCAGUCGAAACGACAACAUGGAAAAGUGACGAACUUGUCGCUCAAUGUCUUUUGUUCUUCUUAGCAGGUUUUGAUACGACAAGUACAACUCUUGCUUUCUCAGCAUAUGAAUUAGCAGUCAAUUCGGAAAUUCAAGAAAAGCUUCGACAAGAAAUCCAAGAUAUGGAAGCUUCUCUCUAUGGCAGGGAAUUGUCGUAUGAAGAACUUCUGAAGAUGAAAUAUCUCGAUCACUUCGUGACUGAAGUUCUUCGUAAAUGGUCACCAUCACCUGGCAUUGAACGAUAUAGUGUUCGUGACUUCACCUUCGAUCUUGAUGGUAAAACUAUCACCAUUCCUAAACAUCAUUCAGUUUUAAUUCCUGCUCACGGAUGGCAUCGAGAUCCAAAGAAUUUCCCUGACCCACUAAAAUUUGAUCCCGAAAGAUUCAACGACGAAAAUAUCGGAAAACAAAACUUAAAUGCUUUUGCUCCAUUUGGUAUCGGACCACGCAAUUGUAUCGGCUCACGAUUUGCAUUGAUGAUUGUUAAAACAAUUCUAUACAAAAUGUUACUCAACUUCAGUUUCGAUGUUAGUGAGAAAACACAAAUUCCUUUGCAAUACAAGAAGUCAAUGAUGACUGUUGGCGCUGAAAAAGGUUAUUGGAUUAAAUUGAAAUCGCUUAAUUCUUUAUAAGAACAUGAUUGAUGAUUAAGACUUCGAAGAAUAAAUAAUGACAAAUUCUUCUUAAACAUUUUAUGGUAAUUACUAUUCAGUAUUGUUCAAAUUAAAAUUCAUUCGAUAGAAAAGUUCUAAAUGUUCUAUUUCACGAAAUGGAAAUAAAAGACUCCAAAACUAUAAUGCAAACGUUUUUAAAUAGAG